CAAAGACACUGUCUAUAAAUAGGGACUUCACUUCCAUGGCGAACCUGCAUUCAGAAUCUGGUGGCGAUCUUCUUCUCCUUGUGUGAAAGCUAAAAUGAGUUCACAAGUGAAGGAGGACUGUCUCGGAUGGGCAGCAAGAGAUUCAUCUGGUUUUCUAUCCCCUUAUAAAUUUCCAAGAAGGGCAGUUGGAGAUGACGAUGUUUUGCUAACAAUUACUCAUUGUGGAGUAUGUUAUGCUGAUGUAUUAUGGUCCAGGAAUAAAUUUGGGGAUGCAAUGUAUCCUAUGGUGCCAGGACAUGAAAUUGCUGGAGUUGUGAAAGAGGUUGGCUCUAAUGUCCAUCGAUUCAAAGUUGGCCAACAUGUCGGAGUUGGAACGUAUGUUAACUCAUGCAAGGAAUGUGACAAUUGCAUUGCUGAUCGGGAAGUCCAUUGCGAAAAAGGAGCAAUAUCCACAUUUAACUCUGUUGAUGUGGAUGGUACUGUCACAAAAGGUGGAUAUGCCAGCUACUAUGUUGUUCAUGAAAGGUACUGCUUCAGAAUACCUGAUGGCUACCCAUUGGCCUCAGCAGCUCCCCUGUUGUGUGCUGGAAUUACUGUGUACAGUCCCAUGAUGAGGCACAAGAUGAACCAACCUGGAAAAUCACUUGGGGUGAUAGGGCUUGGAGGCCUUGGUCACUUGGCUGUCAAGUUUGGUAAGGCUUUUGGAUUGAAUGUAAUAGUGUUCAGCACAAGCAUGUCUAAGAAAGAGGAAGCUCUGAAUCUUCUUGGAGCUGACAAAUUUGUGGUCUCAUCAGAUGAACAGCAGAUGAAGGCCCUGGCAAAUUCAUUGGACUUUAUAAUUGACACAGCUUCUGGGGAUCACCCAUUUGAUCCAUACAUGGCCCUGUUGAAGACUGCUGGCACCCUUGUCUUGGUUGGCGCCCCAAGUGAAGUCAAGCUCAGUCCCAUCAGUCUUAUUAGAGGUAUGAAAUCGAUUUCCGGAAGUGGAUCAGGUGGUUUAAAAGAGGAGCAAGAAAUGUUAGAUUUCUGUGCAGCUCACAAAAUAUACCCAGAAAUUGAACUGAUUUCAAUCCAAUACAUAAAUGAAGCUCUUGAGAGGCUUGUAAAGAGAGACGUAAAGUAUCGAUUUGUGAUUGACAUAGAGAAAUCCUUGAAGUGAUUAUACCUACAGAAGCCCACGAAUCAGCUAUCUUCCUGAUGAAUGUUGCCGAACUUCAUGUUAUGUGAAUGUGAUUCAACUUUCAUUAUCUAUGUAAUUUUUAAUUUGGUGUGAUUUUGAACUUGAAAUGAGUAGAUCGUUUGAUCUACUCCAUAAUAAGACAGUUCCAUAUAAACUAUUUGGUGUGAUUUUGAAAUUCAAGUUGAGUAGGUCGUCUGAUCUGCUUCAUAAUAUUACAGUUCCAUAUGAUCCUAUUUGAUGUGAAGUUGUAGUUGAAGUGGGCAUAUCGAUUGUUCUGCUCCAUAAUAAAG